CGUAUUGCGCAGAAUAUGACGCAAACAGAGUGUGAAGGAAGCCUCGCCCAGUUCAGGUUUCUUCUAAAACGCAAACUUGACCAUAACACAGAAGGAAACUACUUUACAGACAUGUUAUUGUUGUACGCGACUGUUGCCUGCGUCUUGUUCGGUGGUUCAUCCUCCGAUGUUACGCUCAGAGAAAAGUGCUAUGGCGGAGAUUUGACUUUAUCAGGUUUCUAUACACCACCUUUUUUCAAUGGACAGAUGUACUUCACUCCGAGUAAUGGGGGAUCCAGACAGCUAGUGAUGAAUAAAGGGGAGCCAAAGCACCCACGCCUCAAAGUCCAGAUUGGCUCAGUUCAAAUCACAGAUUUGACAGAAAAAGAUAACGGAACUUUUUCCAUCUCAAAUAACAAUGAUGAAUAUGAAAAUGUUCUCAAACUGAUAAUUAAAGAUUGUGUAUCCAAAACAAUACGGUAUUACGGGAAAAUAUACUCGUGGAAUGUUCCUAGAAAGGCUGAAUUCCUGGAGUUCACUCCCCUCCACAAUGUGGGCCAGUCAACGGUCUUGUGGAAUCGCACCAACCCUCAGACCAAUAAUGGAGGCAGAGGGCAGAUGAGGCGUAAUGAGUGGGAGAUUAAGAAUCUCAUUCAAGCAGACAUGGGCCACUACAACUUCAGAGCAAAAGACAACACUUUGCUGUCUAGGAUACUGCUCGAAGUCAGAGAGCACACAUUAACCUAUACUACAAAGCCGAAUGAGCGGCUCCUCAUCCCAAAUCCUCCGGGCGCUGCCCAGUGGACUGUGGCUUUUACACCUGAGGUAGACAAGGAAACAAAACAAUUGAUGCGAGAAGGCAAGCUGCUCACAAUAGAUGAAUGGUACUCAGGACCUUUUGCAUGGAGGAUGCUGGCCGUGCAGGAUGGCCUAGUGAUUGACCCUGUGGAUAGAACAGACUCUGGCACCUUUGAGUUUAGGGACCCACAAGGCAACCUGGCCCAGACUGUGCAUUUGUUGGUACAACAGGAUUCUGUUGCAACCUUUGUUUAUGUUGGUAUUAUUGUCGGGAUUAUCUUUGCUGUGAUUGCCUGCUGUUGCUGUGUGAGGAAGUGCUGUUGUAAAAAAAGCUCUUCUAAGAGGGCCGAGUCUGCUCCUCAGACUGCAGCCCCACCUGCUGUGUAUUACCAUAAUAUGAAUCAACCGGAGGGCCCGAGUUACUCUGCUGCACCUGCUCCAAAUCACUCUACUCAUUACGCAAGGAAUUCCCUAGUUUCUAGAGAACAUACAACUAUCUCACUGGAGCCAUUGGUUGCUCCUCUCGGAGGGCAGGGGGUCGGUCCAGAUCCUUUACUCAACUCUGAUUGGCUCUCCUCGGACCCUGAGCCAAAGUUUGAGCUGAAAGGACUACGUUCUGCUCUCCCCCUCAGUUCAGGAUCAACUUUCUGUGAUGUUUAUACCUCAGAUAAACUAGACUUUCUGUAACAAGCACAACUCAAGCGAUGCAUUGUUGAAUCCAGCAUUGAACUUGUGACUGGUGGGAACAGCCAUUUCAGGCAUUGAUAAGACUGUGUUAUAAAAACACACAUGAAAAAUUAAGUUCCUGCAAAUCUGCAAAGACGUGGUGAGACGUACACAGGAUAAGGACCAUGUCGAGAAACAGGAUGUCUUUCUCACUUUGUUCACACAGGACCAGACUUAUCGUAGGUUUAAGUGUGGGGUAUUCUCUUUCUUGCAAUAUAAAUCCAAACACAAAUGCAAUGUGAUCAUAUAAAUUUGAGGCUAGUUCAGUAACUCUUAAUAACUAAGCUGUAGAGGGCAGGAGUUAUACAAAGACAUAAAUCAAUUUAAGAAUGAAGCUAACUCCCUCUGGCUCCAUACUGUAGUUAGUGUAGGGUGAACAGCUAUAAUCAGGAUAUAUGUGUGAACUGUAAUAGUAAUAAACUCAGGUUAUAUAAGGUAUGCAUAAUGUACACUUUCUCCUGCUGCAAAGUAUAACAAAGAUAAGAGGAAUAUUACAAUGGUGACUGUGUAGCAGAUUUUAGUGAGUGAGGACAUCAAACUGACUGCACGGAGAUCAGAACACCACACAGCAAUUAAAGCUACUUUCACCAGCUGUACUUAUGGGCCAAUUCAGCCAUACAUAUCAACCUAUCUGUGUGGCCUUUAUCAUAACAUUCUAAAACAUUCUAUGUGAUAUAUUAGUGUUAUGCUUUGUAAAACACUCACUAUUCUUUUAUGAAUGUUUAUACAUUUUGUGUAAGCUGGAGUGUUUUCCAUUAAGCUGUAUAGCUUUGAGAAACUGCCUUGAUCAUAAGCCAUGCAAUUAAUGUAAAAGGUAUAUUUCAAAUACAUAUUUGUCUGCAUUAUAUGUAAAGAUGUGUAACUAUACUUUGACUUUGACUUUUUUUUUUUAAAUGAAGUGUUCUCCUAUUUUUGAAAACAAAAUAAACUGCCUAGCUGCACUACCAAAUGAA